ACACAGUCCUGGCAGUUUGCCUGGAUGACUCUUUGCUUCAGCACUCCACAAUGAAAAAGCCCCGUCAGUUCCCAGAAUAGAAAUCCCAUUUCGGUGCUGGACUCGAGCGGGACUCUCACUGCUGUCUGUGAGCACAAAUUCGUGGACAGCUCUCCUCCUCCUCUCGUACCAGCUCUCACUCUGCUUUUACAUUUCUGCCUACUCCACGAAAACAGCUUUAUUGCAGGCUACGGUGAGUCAGCUCACGCCUCCGUCAUCGCCCCCUCCUCCGCGUGCUUUCAUUUCAGUCUCACCUGUUGACGCCGACAGCAGCAGCGGCGGCGGUAGCAGCAGCAGUUCUCACUGACCGAGCUGUCAUGUCUCCGGGGAGGGAUUGAAUCAAACCAGGUGGAGAUAAACGAAGCUGGAAGAGGAGAUAACGUGCCUGCUGGUAGGGCUACUCUCGGAAAACUUUUAUCGAGCGAGGAAACUUCACGCGCUUCUGGUUCGUGUUUUGUCUAAAAGUGAAAGCGCGUCAAAAGUUCGCCGAAGUGACGCUGGGCUACUUUUUUUCCACGUUUCCAGUCUUUCAUUUCUCAUCUGGCUGCACGAUGUUAUAACCUGAAAGGACUCACAGACGCUGGAGCACGGUUUGCAGGUAAGUGUUGGCUGCUUUGUGUUGUAGGUCAGUAACUUAAGGGGUUCCUCUUACAAAGACAUCAACAGUUCCUUUUGUAAAUAUCACACUACAACAACUUCCCCACGCGAGAACAGUGGGCAAGUUUGCUCUACUUCUCUCACCCUGUUUUCAAAUUGAGGAUAUUGAAAUGGGAAAGUUGACUUUUCUUUCUUACAACAACAACAUAAAAAUCAAAUAAUACAUAUGUACACCAAACAACUGUACAUGUCAAAGAUGAAUUAACACAUCUGUGUGUCAAUAAUAAACAGUUUGAGAAGGAACAGAAUGAAGCAAAAAGCUUAUGCAAAUUAGAGAUUUUAAAAAAGAAAAAAAUCUCUUUGUAUAAAUUAAACAAAGAUCUGUAUAAAUAUAUACAUUUUAUACACAAAUACCUGCUCAACACUCAACAGGUUACAUAAUUACUUGCGUAUUAUGAUAAUAAUCAGUGUUAUACUAUUACUUUUAUGCAAUCAAGUACAUAGUUUGAAACCAUAUUUCUUUGUUAAUUUACUUAUAUGAAUCUUUUAAUACUUCUCUAUAGUUUGAUUUAAAUAUUUCUAUGUUAAAGUGACAUCCAGACUGUUCCAGAGGCACCACAAACAGAAAUGCACAUACUUUUCAGAGUUGUAUGGACAAUUGGACAAAUAAAUUUAUGUUCCCCUCUUAGAUUACAGCCCCUCUCUCUGGUUUUGAACAUCUUUUGUCGGUUACCAGGUAACUGAUUUUGAUUUUAGGAACAGAGGGCUGGUGUUAUCGCUGUAUCCAGAGUGAUUUACGAUCCGGAUAACUCUUUUUUGUAAUGUGCAUAUCUUUUGUAGAUUAGUCCUGUAUGUGUUUCCCCAGAUUUCAACACAGUAAGAGAGGUAUGGCAGGAUCAUGGAGCAGCUUCUUUUCUUUGACUAUCCUCUUUUUUUAAUUCAUUUGCACCCCUAAUAAAACACCAAUUCAUAGUUUCCCAUAAAGCCAUAGUUUCUUUAUCUGUGAUUGUAAAAUAGUCCUUCAUUUCAUAAUCUGAGUUAAAUACAGACCUGAUAUAAUUAAGAUUAUUCAUACCUUAUCUGUAAAAUGUGCACACAGUAACUUUCACUCAGUUUCUUGUCCCAUGACAACAACCUCAGUUUACAUAAAUUCCCCGUCUUGUUUACUCUGACCCUGGGAUAUCUUGCCUUUUAUCCGUCCAUCAGCUCACACAGGGUAAACAAGAGUGGGUGGGAGUGUAUAGGUGGAGGCAGGAUUGUGGGGAGAGAUUGAGUUGUGUUGUGAGAGUUUGCUGUCUGGGGAGUUAUUUUGUCUCACAAACACACACAAUCACACUCACACACACCUUGUUUUGCCCGCCCUUUGGUCAAAUCUGUGUCUGAGCCCUUCGUCCUGGGCUGUCAUUAAUGGAUCACUCUUUUCUUGCAUCAUGAUUCCCAGGGAUUUACUCACGCCAAAGGAAUCUCUGACAGUGCAGUUGAACCUGAUGAGAACCGAUAUUUGCUCUCUCCCACAGCUCACUUUUAUUCCUUGAGUUUCAUAGACUUAUUUAACAUCUGUAGGUAUCUCUAUGUCCAAUGAAUUUCAUAAGGGCUGUGACUUUUGUCACAGCAGAUUUUACCACUUGUCACAGUGGCAGAAAAAAACAGAAGUGUUGCUAAUGCUAUUAAUGAUGGUUCAUUUCUGUGUGAAGGCCCUUUUUUAGCCUGGGAGUCAGCACUUAACACAUACAAGAUACUCUGAAAAGGGGGAAAUUUUUAAUAAAACUCAUCUUAGAGGUUUUUCUUUACCCAGGUUUCUCUUAUCUCUUAAUCCAAAUUGUAUUUAAUGACUUUUAGCUCAAUAAAAUGUCUCAAAGUAGAAGGAAAAAGGCCAGUAGAAGUUCACCAUCCUAUCAGAGCCAUGACAUCUGAUAGUCAUUUCAAAGAAAGAGAUUCAGAGAAAACAAUGAACACCAAGAACCAAGAAUUAUCUGCAUUUUUGCCACUGCUCGCAUCAGAAGAAACAACUAUUUUCAAUGGAAAUUUAUAGUUCAACUGCCUGACUAGUUUAAAGUCAAGAAAACAGUCAAAAUUUAGUGCAAUUUACUUGACUUGACUAGAAACAGUGUUGUAGAGUCUGUGUGUAAACAUCAACAAACUGAUUUGCCAAAUGUGGUGAAUGUUAGCUGAGCUAGCAUCACCGGCCUUCAGUCCUCCUUACACUUGAAUGUCUACAUGCCUGUGCCGUUGCGUACUGCUCCACAAGAGUACCAUAUUUUUCACACCAUAAGGCGUUAAAGUGCAUUAAGCCAAACAAAACAGUCAGAUAUGUCAAACUUUAUUUAACUCAUUCAAUAACUCUGCAAGGCUACGGUAGCUGCCAAAGCCAAAAGGGUUUUAAGUGCGCCUUAUAGUGUGAAAAAUACGGUAGUUAUAAUUCAGUCUUACUUGACAUAAGUUAUGUGCAACUUUAUCUCUAGUUUCUCGAUCAAAAUUGCCAAAGUGUGCUGCGCUAAAAGAUAUAAUCUGUGUUUGUUUACAUUCUAGUGGUGAAGCGUUCUAGCUGUAGACAUAAACUGGGGCCAAGCAUAUUUUUUUAUUGAUUAUUUUUCUGCAUCUUGACCCCUUGUUUGUUUCCUACAUUUCCCAGGAUGCAUUUUUCUUAAUUCAGAAAAAUGCACUAAACAUGUGAUUCAUAAUUUGAAGUUUGACUUUGAAGCUCUGAAAGAAGAUAGACAGCUGAAGUGGGACAGCAUGUUGAUUUUUACCAUUAGGUGCAGUAUGUGUGAUCUGGUUUUGUUGUGUUUUGGUCAUUUGAGACCAACUGUAGUGCUGAAUGAUGUUUCUCUGUUGUUGCUGCUCUCAUAGCUGAAAUCUCUAACUACUUAAAGCAGCAUAUACAAGUCUGCACUCUAAUAUGGCGUCAAAUGACCAGUCAGAUUGAUGAAUAAGCAUCUUUCUAGUAUUUUGACAGCACUAAAAGUCGCUCUCUUACUUUUAAAACUCAUGUUUUUUGUUUUUUUUAGUUCCAACCCUCAUCCAGUAUGCAUUCCUUGCUUCUGUUGUGCAAAACCAGUAUGUCCGCUUCCUCUAACCUAGAUCUCACUUAAUUUUCUCAGCUUAGCUCCUGAGAAUAGUCUGUUUGAUACCAGGUAAUGUGGGACUCACGCCAGCAACUGACAUGUUCAACUGAUGAUUGAAACUGCAGCAAAAAUCUUCAAACGCAUAAAGCAGCCUUUGUCGCUGCACAGCAUCUCGAACUGACAUUAGCCAGUCAGCCAGUUUUCCACAGGAAUGUAGAAAAACUCACCACAUAAUAACCGAGUAACUGCAAAAAAAAAUGAGUCAAUACAAUAAUUUUUUAAAGUGCUGAUGUGUUUUCUGCGUACAGGAAUGACAGGCUUUGUUUCCAGUGGGUUAAUUCCACGAUUCAAAAUCCAUAAAGCUAACUUUUUUGGCCUUUUUCCUGAUCCUGACACCUCGCUUUGCUGACUGCAUGAGCCAGUUUCUUUCUUUCUUUUUUUUUUGUCAUGUGCAUUGUAGCUCCAGGGUGCCAUUCAGGACUUGCCACUUUUGUCUCAGAGUCACACACACAGUGACAGCUGGGUGAAAGCCAAAACACCCUCCUCUCACCUGCUUUUCUGGCUCGCAACUUUGUCUUGUGAUGACAGCCUCCUGGUCGUUUGUGCAGAAGCUGAAGCUACAUUAAGCAGAUCCUAAGGUCAGUGCUCGAGAGUCCAAUACGCUUUAUGCAUUUGUCAAAAUGCAGCACGGACUGUUGAGAUGAUGUUUGUUUGAUCAGUUUUUUAGGGAACAAAUUUACUGCGAUUACUCAUCAAAUCAAACAAAUAUUGACGUCUCUUUCACGUGCACAAAUGGAGAGGGUGUAGCCUUUAUUUAACCUUUAAUCGAAUCUAGCACAAACCAAUUAGGGAACUGUGACACGAGGAAACCAAACAUGAAUCUUCUGGGUAAAGAGAGUCGCUGAAUGUUUGUUUUUGUUUGUUUUUGUUUGGUUAGAGCUGAGGAGAAGUUUGGUGAGAGUAAGACAAUAGCUUAAAAAUGUCUCGUGGAGCUCAGUUUAGACCAUAAAUUCGUGAAAAUAAACUCUGGAAACACUGAUGUGAUGAUGUCAGGCCUGCUGAUGAACACAGAAAUUUAAAGAGUGGUGAUUUGGUCUGUUUGAUUGGAGACACAGGCUGUAAUUAUGGUAAAUAAAAAUGCCCUCCUAGUUCAUGAGCUUAAUCGCUGGUUUUGGUCUUAUGCCUUAAACAGAUGGGAGGACUUCAUGUCCUGUAGCUGAAGAGGUUAUUUGGUCUAAUAUGUUGUGGCAAUCUCUCUGCUAUAUGUCAUGUAACUCAGCCUUUGUUGAGUAAAAUGCACUAUAACAUCAGUGGGUGGAUCUCUGCUAGGAAAAUAGAUUCAAGUUGAUAAAGGUGACAAAGUUGAGACAAUUUCACUCAAUAUCAACUGAUCAAACAACCUACAAAUAGUUAAAGUGAAAAAGGAAGCGUAAAAAAGUUAUUAAAAAUGUUGGAAAAUAUGAGUAAUGUGUACGUUUGAGUAUGCAGCCCCCUCGUUAGAGCUCCUGUAUCAGCCAAGGACAACAAAGAGACCAUAACCUCCAUAACUUAUCUGUUAUUUCAAAGAGGAAGCAACCUCUGUGGAUAACACUGCUUUAUCUGCAGCACAGUGUUAUUUUGUAAUAAAACUGCUCAGUUAAAGCUUCUGUGAGCAACUUUUGGUUUAUGUUGAACUUUGUGGCCAUGUGUAAACAAAGCUGUAGUUCCCAUGUCUUUGCUCUUUUCUUAUAGGAAAGAUCCACGGUCAAUGAGGGUAUCAGUAUGAAUUUCAGUCUGAUUUAUAAUCAUCUAGCUUUGAGUUUUGAGAGGGUGUGAGAGUCUCAUGACCACAUUAUUUACACCAGUCAAAACCCAAAAUCAUGACUUCUACUAAUUGAUAAAUAACAGAAUUAAACAUGACAAACAGUUUGGAAAAUUUAAGAAAAACAACAGUUGAAGCCUUGUUUGUUGAAAAUCUUUAAAGCUAUCUUAUUAAGGAAGAAAAAUCCAACUAUUGCAGCUUCUCAUUAUAGAUUUCUAUCUUCAAGCGUCUUAAUUGGACUUAUUCAUCGUAACAGUCAUGAUUAAAUCUGUCACUAAGAUAUGGGUAUUAUCACAAUACUGCUGAUAACAAAAAUCAUAAAUAUGUAGUUAACUGAUGAAUUUGUCUUUUUUUUCUGAGAGGGCAGUAAGUGUUUUGACCUCUAAGCUCGGCCUCUGUGGAUUAACUCCCACACUGUACAUUGCCCCCCUCUUUACAGGGCAGUUAAGCUCACAUGCUCGGUGUGUGACAUGUUUUCCAUAUAGUACAUUGCAUUGAAAGCAUAGUGACAGGCUGUAAUCAGCAUUCACACCCACACACUGCAUGCCACCGUCAGAGCUCUUUUGUCCUGUGUGUUUAGUGCAAUAUGGCUGUUGACUUUAUGGUUUUGUGUACACACACAAUGCUCGGCCACAUUUUGUCUGUCAGUCAGUCACCAGCGAGGGGUCCUGAUGAGGGCCGGGUCAUAUAAUAGAGGUGUGUGUGAUGCUAAAGGUUUUAAACUCUUCAAUUAGACUCAGAACAGCACUACAGACUAAGUAUAACCAGUCUGCACUUCCCAUUAGUUUUACAUAGAAAGCUAAAUUUAGUUUUGAGUGAUUAAUCUCUCAUGGGUGACAAUGAAUUUGUUCAGACUUGACGAGGUAAGCUUGAAAAAUAAAACACAUUUUCAGGAUUACCAUAAUUUUGUCUUAACAAUUAAAGUAAAGCUCCAUUAAUUUUACUCAUAAACAAACAAAUAUUUAUGGGUGCAAAGACAUAAAGUAUGAGCUAACCAGACAACUCAGUGCAAGUAAUUUGAGACCAAAUUAGCCACUGAUAGCAUAAGGGCCUGUGUACACUAUUAGUGUUGGUUGAGUAAACAGCACCUUGACCUCGGUUUUCAGAGCACUUCCCAGAGUCGCUUGCUGGUUCUAGGUUAAGGAAGUUGUCCAGUGGCGCCUCUGCUACCCUUAGUACUGUCCAUUAUAUAUGUUUGAAAACUUUAUUUGUUUCAUAUCUGCUUUAAUUUGAUCUAAAUAUCAAAGUAAAGGUUGAAGCAAAUGAUAGGAAUGAUGUCCAGGCAUCCGCAGCAGCUCUAGACCCUGAAGAGAACAAGUCCAGUUGUGGUGCUUUCUAUUUGAUCUCAAAAAUCAGAAAAACUAGGGUGAACAACUGAUAUGCUCCCUAAAGUUGUUAAUUCCUACUUGGAGUAACUUAAGCAACCCUCAGCUUGAAAUCCAAGAUGGUUGCUCCCCGCAUCAAGAGUAAAAUAGCUGAACUUUUAAGAGAGUUUAUUUGCAAAUCCGACUUGUUUUGUAUGAUGAAAGUGAUCACAUCGAUAGUAUUGUAUAAGUCCUAUCUGUUCUGCUUGCAAACUAUUAUAAUACUGGUUAACAAUGCUCUCAACAACAGGAGCUAAGGUCCAAACAACUUUCCCACUCUUGACUGGAGCAAAGUCGACUCAAAUGUCACGUAAAUCCCCGAUCCAACAUCCAACUUUCAAGUUAGACUUAGAUUACUUCUCUUCCGCCAUUGUUGUUGCAGAAGUUGAUCUCAGAAGUCCUGCCCCUUCUUGAUUUUGAUUGGUCAGUGUUGGCGAUGUGGCUCUGGAGAGUGCAGUAGUGUUCUCAAUGUUGGACCAUUUACAGCUAAGAGUGAAGAAAUGAAAAGCAUCUGACACCGAGGAUAAUACUGCACUUAAGACUCUGAGCACAGAAAACGCUAGUGGUGGACACAGGCCCUAACACCCCUGAGCCAACAACUGUUGUUUGAGCUGCAGUUUCUUGUCAUAACUUUUAGAUAAAGCACAAGCAUAUUUAAAGUCACAACAAGAGAGAGCAGAUUUUAUCGUACUCAUGAGAUUGUCCUACUUCUAGAGUUUCAGAUGGUGUUUAAAAAGUGGAGCGAAUGAGAUGAGAAAUCAGGGUAAAUCAACAAGAAUUCAUGUGACCUGUGAGUCAGCAAACUUGUCCUGAAGAGAGUCAGACUUUUAUCUUUUCUAUUAACCAAAGAGAAACACUGAUAAAAGAGCAGAGCUGCUUAGAAUUAAAGUUGUACUUAUGCUAAAACACACAAAGCACGUCUACAAACUGACUCCCACAUGACUUGUUUCAGGCCAAACAGUGAAAUGCACAAAGCUGACUCAAAGUGUGUUGGAGGCUCAGCGGGACAGAGAGUGAUAAACCUGCUGAUUUGAGCACAUGCUGUGUAAUAUGACUCUGUUGUCUUAUUGGACAAACUUAACUUUCUUGCUCUGGUCUGACUGGGUUUGUGUGUCUGUGUGUGUUAUUGUGAAUCAGCUGUUGCCGGUUAUUGCUUAUCUGUGGCUGAUCAUUAGCGCUGCAGCGUCGUGACGUCUCCCGGGAUCAGUUUGGGAGUGGGACACUCAGGUCAUGUGUUACCGCUGGGUCUAGUUACAUAACUCACACUCAUAAACACACACAUAAACACAGUUGAAUUUUGAACGGGCCGUCUGUUCUGCUAUCUUACUCUCUAGAGGCGCUCCCCUCCCUGUAAUCAAGUCUAAUUAUUUUGGGCACAAAACUGUGUUUUGUUCUUUGAUGUGGCUCUCAGGGUGAACUUUGCUGUCUUUGUUUCCGUAUCUGCUGAUUCUGACAUCCACAGCUGCUGUUUUUGAGACCGUCCUUCACUGUUCAACUCUUUUAUUUUUUUGUCAAUGGAUUGUCUUUGGCCUUUUGUUUGACGAACCUGUGUUUACAUGAAAGCGUGGACUUUACUCCUGAAUACCCCGCUCUCUCUCGCUCUCUCUCUCUCUCUCUCUCUCUCUGUGGCGUUGAUAGUGUAUCUGAGUGGACUUUAGUUGGAGGUCAGACAGCAGAGGUUUGCACACACGUUUGUUUUAUUAGUAAUAUGACUAAGUGUGAAUCUCUCUCUGCUUGUUUUUUCCUGAACGUUGACAGAUUUUACUGGAAAGCAGGUCAAAGAGUGCAGUGAUACAGAUUUUGGCCUGCAUGAGUAGACUUGCUGUAAAUGAGGGAGUCGAACAUCCCACGCUGAAACUAUGGGAAUUAAUGUUUGAACCCACAUUUGCAGCUUUACCAGCCCGGUCUCUUCAAUAAAGGAGGCUUUCAAUAAGAAUCUGUGCAGCCUCCUGUACCCUGUUGUUUAUAGACCUCGCUUCAUGGAAAAGAAUGCAGUCAUACCGAAACAGAUCUUAAUGUGUUGCUUCACAGUUGGACAAAACACUGGAUGAAACUUCUUUGUAGGGCUGGGCGAUAAACAGAAAAUUUACCGAUACCGAAAAUCAUGACAAUAUUGUCAUUUUGCCCAUGUCAAUGUAUUCGGUUUUAAAAAAUAAAUAAAUAAAAGUUGGUUUUGGAUGUGUGUAGGUAGGCUAUGGUCUCAGAGACGUGACUCCAACCCAUCCAUCCAAAAAGGGAAAGGCAAGUGAGGAGAUGGAGGACGGUUCAAAAGUUGUAGCGGCUGAAGUAGACAAAGUUAAUGUAGGAGGGGGUGAGCAGCUUGUGGAGUAGUUAUUGUUCAUUUAUCGUUAUCGAGGUGAGCUGCUCAAUAUAUCAUGAUAUUGAUUUGAGGCCAUAUCGCCCAGCCCUACUUCUUUGUCCUUUAGCAAUAAACUGAGAUUAUGUUCACACUGCAGGCAGAAGUGACUCUUUUUCUCAUAUGUGACACAGAUUGAUUAAUUUUUAGGGGAAUAUGAACUCUUUAAAUUAGAUUCAGCCGUCUUCGUAUGUGGUCCCAAAUCGGAUACAGGUCUAGUCUUAUGUGAUGCGGUCUCAAUCUAAACAGCGACCUUGACGUCACUCUAAAGCGAUAUUUGUCAUCGUUCUGUGCCGGUGGGAAAGUUUAGGAGCUGUGGUCACUUAAAACUCAGUGAAAACAAGGAGGAGCAUUAAAUACAAUCAGAGAGUUUCAGGGGACCUGUCGUUUAAGUUUGUUCCAGGUACAUGGAGCAUAAAAACUGAGUGCUUCUUUCUGUCUCUAAGGACACAGGCCCAGCUGAUUAACUACUGAGGCAGCCUGGAGAUGAAAAAAGUGAAGCCACAAGCUAGUUAACAUUAGAUGAACUAACUGAAACUCAGUGUAAAUAUUAUGAACAAGGCUAGAGAACAGUUUUUUUCUUCUGGCAUGUUUAACUUUCGAUUAAUUUGCAGUUCUUCCAGUGUCUGUAUUCAGGAAUCAAAUUAAUCAAUAAAAUGUUCCCAUGAUCUUGACCUUUAGAUUUAUUAUUCAAAUAAAUGUCGCAUUAUUUGUCCUGUGUGGUCUGAAACCAGGACUUAGAGGUAGGAGACAGCUCAGAGCGUGUACCCUGUGUCAAUUUUUGCAUUUGUUUUAAAGGACGACACUGUUUUGCAUCAGUUUGUAAGGUGAGCUAAAUAACCCACGUGUGCAGGAGAGGGAGAGAUCCAAAGAGGGCUUAUCAAAAACAAUAUUAAAUUAAGGAAAAUAAAAGUAGGACAUUAUGAAAUUGGCUACACAUAUCUUUGAUUUGGUUUCAUCUGCAGGUCUGUGGAAAAGAGUGCUGUGUCAGCUUUUUUGAUGCAGGCGCUGACAGUCUGAUUGGGUGCGCCUUCAUUUUUAGCUUGAAUGCUUCGGUGUUGAAUCAAAAAACCACAAUGUUCAGAUGUGCACGAGUGUGAUAACACAUCUUGGUGGUAAAAGAUAAAAUAAGAGGAAAUUUGAAGACCAUAACUUCAUCAUGAUUUACACCAUGACACUGACAGACCUUCUUCCUUAUUUAAGUCACUUUGGACCAGUUUAAUCAGAAACAAUGAAAGUAUAAAACAUCUGAAAUCUCCGUCAGAAAGAGUCAUGCUCCACGGUUCAAAGAUUUCUGGAGCCUCGACCUGCUAUUUUAAGUCUUACUCUGUAGGGUCUGAGUCUUGAUUAAGCGGAUCAAAACCACCAACCACAGUAAUAGCUACAUUUUUUACUGACAAGCUCUCGCUCUCACUUUAUUGUUGGAAAUGUUAGUUUUCGUCCAAGUUUAGGGGAGUGGAGGAUCAACUAGUUAUGGCAAGUCUGAUGUUGAAAUUUCAUCCCUCAUUGUUGAACGUCUCCUCUGUAGUUCCUCCCCUGUGUUGUUGUUCUGUUUAUCCGGGGACACAUCUGUUUAACUUCACAUUUCAAACCGGGUUCAUCCACAGAAACAAGACACUGACCUCUGACCUUUUUUUUUAACACCACAUUUCCUGCCGUUUUCUCUCUCCUCUCUCUCUCUCUGUGUCUGAACUCCCACGUCUCUCCCCUCUUCUUCUUCGAGCUCCCUCUCGAUGACAGUGUGCCAGUCAGUGCUUGGAAGCCCUCACUCAUAUCUUGGCUGUAUAUUUAUCUCUCAACUCUGACUCUGCCUUUAUUCCCUGCAGCCUUAUAAGGUCAGAAUACAAGGGGAGAAGGAGGGCACAGGGAGCGAGAGAAAACGGUGGGAAAAGGUUGGACAAUAGGGGACAGAAGUAUUUUCCCACAAACUGGCUGCAGGAAUAAAGGGACCCGAAUGUAAAAGGCACAUAAGUUUAGAAACACUUUAAAGUUGCAGAGCACUUUGAUGUUAAACAGUGGAAACAAUAUAUAAUGAUAUUUGCUUAAGGCGAAGUGACAGACGGGACAAAACUGUCCGACUUAAAAGGACUUCAAAGUCUUCUCAGAUGUGCUCGAACGUUUCUGUGACCGCUCUCUCCUCGUAGUUUUUCAAUGAUUGCUCUACUUUCAUUCAGAAACUCUCUCGCUGCUCAUGCACAUCAAAAGCCUCUGAGGAGAAAAGACUAUUUAUCGCUGCACAAACACCGGAGUCCUCCACUUAAAUAAAGACCCUGAAACUCGACCGCAACAGCAUCGCCCACAUCCUGAAUUCUCUCCCCUCUUGCUUUCACUAUUGCUUCCUCUUCACAGGGAGGUGUUUUCUCCAUCACACACUCGUUCCUGAAAGCUGAGGGGGAUUUUCUUUGUUUCUAAAGUGCUUAUGCUGUAGUACUACUCAGCUGUGAUAUCCCCUUUUUGAACCGUCAGCUGAUACACGCCUUCAACGGCGGAUUAGACGACAACAACAUUCGCAAAGUCAGUGAGAAAUCCUCGAUCCUGCUCUGUAGCUCAUAUUUACCUCCUCUCUCUCUCUUUCCUUUCAGAAAUGCCCCAGCACAACAUGGAGAGCACUAGGAGUCAGUGGCAGCCCGGUCUGCGGCCACCGUGGAUCACCAGAGUGUCCGGCCAUCAGAGCCCCGCCUCCUCGGGGGCGGAGUCAGACACAGAGAGUAGCAGCACGGAGAGUGAGAGGGUAAGAUAAAGCUGUUGAAUACCUGGUCUGCUUGACUUAAAAGAUGCAGUGUCAGAAAAACGAACUCAUCCUCUCGCUGAAAUCUGAACAGUGAUUUAUCCCGUAUGUUUCCUCUCACCUGGUCAUUGUUUUGAAGCUCCGAUGUGGUGAUUUUUCUCUUUUUAUCCUCCUUUUUCUUAGUCUUGUGCCAAAAAAACAGAGGGGGGCUCACUGAGGAUCGUGACAUCUCCCUCGAUGAUCCAGCGGCGAAUCACAGAGCUCGACCAACACAAGGAGGAACUAAAGAUUGAGGUGAGCUGAAUAUCUGAAACUGUCAACUAGUAAAAAAAUAGAAUCACAAAUAGAUUAAUCAGAACUAUUUUUAGCUGGAAUAUCCAAAUCCAUGAAGAAGAGAGGGACUGGAAGGAUUUUAUGGUUAAUGGUCCUGUAAGAGUCUUUUGGUUUGAGUCAGUUUUGGCGCCCCCUGUGGACAAAGAAGCCAUUACUAUCUUGUCCUGUCUAUGCUGAAGUAACUGACAUAAAAACCUCAUCCUGCUGACUGUUUGCAGUCAAUUUCAGCAUUUUUUUUCAUGUUUAAUGUUUUGAAAGUAGAGUCCACAGACACCUACCCGCUCACAUAAGGUUAAGGCAUCAAAAAUUAGUUAUUUUUUCUGUGCUGGUCUUUUCUGAUUUUACAUAUCAUAGAAAGGAGUCAAUAUGAAUUACAGUCAAUGACAUUAAAGGGAUAUUCCGGUGUAAAGUUCACUAAGGGUCAAACACACCGUAACACCGAGUUAGACAUCCCCUCGAGAGAUGAAUGUUGCCGACCGUUUUCUUCUCUAGUUAUACCAACUUUAGUAACAACCACACGAUAGCAAUACACAGCAGUCUCAGGAGCCACCCGCUCAACCAAAACGCCACUCUAUAGGCACAAAUAAUGCUCAGAACAGCACCUAACUUCAUCAACAGUACAUAUAGGGUCCCAGCCAAAGUACUAGCCACCAAACAUCUUUUUAACUUUGCCUGAUUUCUUUAGCAAAGAGACUAAACACAACUCACCUACUCUCUUCCAGCAGCCGCUUGUUUGUAGUGAGACCUUGACCAGUCCAUCAUCGACUGAGGCGGGGGGCGCAGCUCAAGGAAGAACAUUUAGACCGCUGUGUUUUGCUAUUGUGCGGUCGUUACUAAAGUUGGUAUAACUAGAGAAGCAAGCAGUCGCCAACAUUCAUCUCUCAACGGGGUGUCUAACUUGGUGUUACGGUGUGUUUGACCCCAAAUUUUAUGCUGGAAUAUCCCUUUAAUGUAAAAAGAAGCUUUAAAUUGGCAUUUUUAGUCAUUUCCAGCAGCCUUAUAUUAAACAAAACAACCAAACAUGUAAAUUAUUUCUGUUUUUAAUUAAUAUACAAACCAUUUUACUCAGAGCAGUCCCUUAUUUUUUAGGAAUAGUGUGUUUAUUCUUUUUAAAGGAGGAAUGGCAAGCAUUUCUAGCUUAGGGGGGUCAUUUUUCACUAUGAAGGUUGGGCUGUUCGAUCCCUGCUCAAGCAUUCCUAGCAGUGUGCGGAUAGUACUAAGUACUGGUUGGCGCUUAGCUGGCAUCUUCUACUGUAACUGUGUGUGAACUUUGUGUAAAUUGGUGAAUCUAAAAUGUAAAACAUAAGUGCUUUAGGAGUCCUGAUACCAUUCUAGUUCAGCCUUGUCUAAUGUGACUAUUUUACUGUUGGUAGCAUUUAUGAUUGAAAACGAUUCUUAUAAAUCUGUGUACGGAGCAGAAAGUUUCAAAAGACUGGUCAACAUUUCCUGAAGUGAACUUUUCAAGUCAAUUCUGGAUGUCGUCAGAGGUGAAGUUUACUUAAAUCCCUGAGUCUUCUCCGAACACCUCCACACUCACGGCGGAGGAAUGCUUAUCUGUGACUUACUCAACGCCGGGUCAAUAUUAUUCACCUCAGCGGCGUCUUCUGUCCUCACAGCUGCAGCUGGAGAUCGCUCUGCUGCAGGGAGAGCUGCAGACGGAGAAGAGCCAGCUGCACAGACACACACAGAAGCUGCAGACUCUACAGCAGGAGGCCAGAAAGAGAGAGGAGCCCAGGCAGAAAGGCAGACAAAAGGUAACGUGACUCAAAGCGGAUUAAAAAAGUUUGGCUUUCACGGAUUGUUAAUAAAAAAGUCAUGUAUCAUGCAGAGAAGGUUGUAGCAGAGCUUAACCGUAGUUGGAUGUCUGUGCUCUUUCAGUACAAACAAAACAAACAUGGUUGUGAAAUCGAUUUGUCAUUGCAUUCCUUUAUGUCUGGCUGGACAUUGUUUUUGUACUGCUUUAGAAAGUCUGAUGAUGACUGUGCUUUUGCUUUAAUUUUUCCCCGCUCCUCUGUGACUGUGACUGCAGGAGAGAGAGAGACUGGAGGAGGAAAGAAGCCGGGUGGAGGAACUGAAGAAGAAGUGUGAGGAGAAGGAGAAACUGAUCCCCACUCAGCCAGAGAGUCAGAGAGAGCAGCUGACUCUGCAGCUCCAGCAGGUUAGUGACUGAGCUGAGCACAGCCUCGUAGUGAGGAAACGCUCUCAUCCUUGAGUUUAAUCUUUAUGAGUAACAGGGGUGAACUGUCUCUGUCAAAUCAGACUUUUUCCAUCUCUAUAAAAUCUACAAGUAGUGCCAGAAACUGGACUCUGCUUUUAUAAACUUAACUGAUGAGUGCAGCUGCAGCCUGACGUAGGAGCCUCCGAGAUUUCUUGGUAAGCAGACUAGCAAGGUAAUGUUAUCUAAAUACUGAAUCUAUUAGAUUAGAAGUGAUUCAGUUACCAGUCAAAACAAGCACUCAAAUGUUUGAGUGUCUGCUUUAAAGAGAGUUGAAGAGUGGUGUUUUGUUUGAAAUGCAACAAACUGCUUCUGAGUGACCUCAAAAAGAAAAACAUCGAAUUUACAGCCACAGAAAUAAACAAAAAACUGAGAGCUGAUGCUGUAAAAGGCCGAUCUAAGUCGUUCAUUGGUGUUAGGCUUUGUCCCAUGGCGAUCAAAAUGCUGUUUUGUUCUUCCUCAGAGUGGGAUUGUUCAGUACCUGUUCAGCCUGAUAUGUCAGGUGCUUAAAUGCACAGACACAGUGUAAAGGACGUCUGCUCCUCUUUGUCAGCGUGAGUGGAAAAAGACAAAAGGCCGCCUUGUUUUUUACGACAUCCGUGAACAGAUUGAUAGUUUGUGUUGAGACAUGUCAGAGUUAUGUGGACAGAUUUUUAUGGACUGGUUAGUCAAAAUAAUUGCACCAUCGAGGUCCCCACUCACACGUGCGGUGAGACAGAAACCAGCCUGCAGGAGAGCAAACACUCAGGUAUUUCAGUUUGGAAACACAGGUGAUGACUUUUACUUGCAUUGGCACUUUUUAGAGUUUUUGUGUUUAAAGAACAAACCAGUGCAAUAACUGAGAAAGUACCUGAAUAAAAAAAAUACCACAAUUAUGAAGAGUGCAAGUUUUAAUCUGAGUAAAUUCCUAGAUUCGUAAAAAAAAAAGUAAAAAUACUAUCUUAACACUAAUUUAAAACCAUUUUAUGGAAGCAGUUAUCUUUAUUUAGAAUAUUAGUUUAGCAAAUUAAAAAAAACAGUUUCUUCAGAUUUAGGUUAAGAUGUUCAAAUUCGCACCUUUUUUGAAAAAUUCAAAAAUGCCUCAAUGUUAAAACUUUGUAAAUUUCUCUAAAGAAAUAAUUUGGUAUCUGGCACAAAUUAAACUUCCUUACAGGAGCUUUAAAUGCAGUUUUUCCUCAUCUGUGCACACAAUGGUUGGAACUUUAUUACCGCCCCAAAGCUUGCAUGUUUCUGUAUGUUGUGUCGUCUCCCUCGCAAUGUUUUUGUUCACCUGUUCCUGUUUAUUUUUAGCCAUUAUUUUAAACAGUCUGAACCACAUGUGUAGAGUUAAAACAAGCUUCGUCAUAUUCGGCUAAUUUUUCACUUAAGGAAAAAGAGGCGAUGGAAGCAGCGGUUCGCGCCUUCGAGGACUGGGAGUUUCGUGUCCUGGAGCAAGAGAGCGGCAUCGAUGAGGAGGACGAGAGCUCGACGGACAAAGAGAAGGAGGGAGAGAGUGAAGGGGAGAUGGAGAAGGAGAUUUCAUGUCAGAAGCAAGCAGUCAGCAAAGCUCAGGUAAGCAAGAACAAGAUUUCUGAAAAUUUUCAGCUGCUGCCAGCUUGUUUUACGGGUUUGUGGUGUAAACACCUGAGGGACCACUGAGGAAACUCCUCCAAACAAACACAUAAACUGUCAGUCUGAACAAACAUCAUGUUUUUUACAUAAUGUUUUGUAUACAUGGCUGAUACUGGUGCUGAGUUUGCAAAAUGACGAACAGAAUAUUGUAGCAGACUCUACAUGAAACUUCGAACCAGAGCGUCGCUGGUAAAAGAGCUAACUGGAAAAAAGCAAACUGGAAAUGAGCAGGAUUUUACGUUGGGUGUCAAUGUUUUGCUGCUCUUUAAAGAAGAAAGAUUUCACCUGAUAUUCUGACAUUUAUCCAGACACCAGAGCAUGAGACAGAGCUGUGACAGGUGUUAGUAAACUGGUACGUUUGGUUGCCUUUUUAUAGCCAACAGUAAUAAAUCAGAGUAAUAAAAAGAUUAAUUGAUGGCGUUAGGGAUUUUAAUUUAGUCAACAAACAGUUGUUUUAAUGGGAAAAGAUUGUACAACAACCUCCUCUUGAAUCAUUUAUGGGUUAUGAUUAAUAUCUAUUUAGUGAAUAUACUUUUCAGAUAUACCAUAUAAAAAAGUUUCCUGAUUAUAUCAUAUUUAGUGGCUUCAGAAGAAGAUAAGGGCCUCUGGAAAAAAUGGUGGUGAGGUCUAGAGUUUUUUAAGAAUCUUGAGAUUAGAGCCUGACUUUAAAAUCAGAAUCUUAAUAAAAAAAAAAAAACUGAAUUCUGACUUUAAAAUUAGAAUUUUUAUUCAUUAAAAAAAAACAGAAUUCUGACUUUAAAAUCUAAAUUUUUGGGAAAAAAAGUCAAAAGUUUGAGAAAAAGCCAGAAUUUUUUUGAGUAAGUCAGAAUUCUGAUUCUGAGGCGAGAGUCAAAUUCGGAUUAUAAACUCAAAAAUCUGAGAAAAAAAUUCAGAAUUUCAUCUAUUUUUUCAGACUUCUGGGCUUAAAGUCUGAUAGUUAAAAAUGUCCCCCUAUAUAUAUUUUUUUAAUUUGCCCUUUACUUAAAGUAAAUACCAUAAUAUCCAUCACUGAACCAUCCUUUUGUUACUAGAUAUUUGCCUUUCCAUUUUGAACUGCCCAUUAAUGAUCAGUUUCAGAUAUUUCUGAAUGAAGAUCUAUAAAUGAACAUCAGAAAAUGAGCUUUGGACCCGUACGUCUGAGCUCCUCCUCCUCUUACAGUAACCUGCAGCAUUGAUAACACUGAUCAGCAGAGCUGUAAAUCUCCCUCAGAUCAGAGUAUUUUGGACUCCAGCAGAGUUUACAUUCUCACUAAUGAGUUGGUGGUCCUGAAAAACUCAUUACUGUAUUAGAUUUCCUGUUUAGAGUCACUGCUCACAAUCACAGUCACUCUCUCGUGUCCUGUCACAGUCCGUGUUUCUCAUUUCAGUUUAAGACUUGACACGAACGUGAACUCUUUACCUCACUCGCACCAGCGUCGUCCUGACACUGUCACAUGACUCUGUAAAGCAAGCUUAAUUACAUCAGUGGCCGCCGUGAGAGAAUUAAAGGGCCAGGACAGGGGAGAGCAGCAGCAGCAGCAGAGGAAAAGUGUAAAUAUUUCGAAGCACGGCCACAUUUUUUCAGCUAAAAUUAUCUUUAUGAUUUUAUUUAUGAGCAGUAUGAUCUACAUUAUCUUUGUUCUUUUUUAACUCAUUCAUUUUUGGUGCUAAAAACUGAAUCUCUGUUGUGUUUUAGGGUUUUAAACAGGAAGAAAAUGUGGGAAUUACAAGUAGGGUUUUUUAACUGCAGGGAAAAAAGGCCAGAUUAUAAUUCAUGGGUUAUUAAAAAUGUCAAAAUCUAAAGAUUUAUUCUUGAUCUGAAAGUGGUGUGUCUUUUGAUGUGCCAUACAAAACAGCUGGCAGCUAAAACAGCAACAGUGACACCUUGUUGUCGACCUAAAGGUAGUUUUUCAAGUUAUUCACCUGAAGCUGAAAACCUGUUUUUUUUUUUUUUUAAGGCGGUGUGCAGGAAAAAAAGCCUCUGAUUGGUCACACAGUUUGAUUUUGAAAAGAGCAGGAAUGAUAAAUCACUCUCAGCGCAGCUCCAAACAAGUGUGAUUUACAGUGAAAUUAAAGACAGUUUGAGUCGCUCCUUUCUGCUGCAUCGUGACAGAGACUGUAAAAGUCUUUAGGUUCAUAUUCACAUGAUCAUUCAAAGAGGUCGUGGACAUGCUGGCACUUGUGUGAUAAAUCAUAAAUUCACUAUAACAGGGAGGCUCCAAGUGUGGAGACAGUUGCACCCCAGUGUGUCCUUUGUUGUGAGUGUGAGUUAUUGUUUUGAACAUGUGUUUUCAAUGUUUGUUUGUCUUGUAAAAUAUUCCUCUGACAGCGGCUUCAAUCAUGUUCACUGUGAAAGACUGAAAUCACAGCGAUGGUUUUAUAGGAGGUUUAACACAGGGGUGCUUUAUGCUGCAUGCUAACAGUAUGCAAAUUCACUCACAAUGGUGAGGCGAGUCUAUUCACAGAGCAACGUUCACCCAUAGAGUAACUCAAAGUGCUUCAAGGUACGGUGGCCCUGAAGGUCAAUGGCAUAGUUAUUUAAUUAAGGCAUAAAGUGAGAAUUAAAUUAUAUAUAAUUAUAAAUUAAAUUAAAAUAUAAUUAUAAAAUACACGAACAUUUUAGAAAAAUAAAAAUAUUUUUUAGAAAACAAAGUAAAUUCUAAAAUCACAUUAUGUUUGAAAAGUUUUGAAAAUAUUUUUUAAAAAAUGGCAAAAACAUUUUUAUGUUUAAUAGACGUGUUUCUUGUGUACAAACAAUAUAAGGUGAGCACGCAACCAGAGGGUAAAAGCCUGCUUCGGAGUGAACUGAUAUCAAUGAAGAUGCCAUAGUGUUUGCAAGUUCUCCCUGACACAGUUGCAGUAAAAUGUCAAUUCAUUGAAAAAUCGCUUUGUCUUUCUUUGCAUCAAAAUCAGAAAAACACUUGCCGAAAUAUUCAUGAAUUUCACUUAAUUUACCAGGUUGUGACGUUGUUUUAGAUGUUUCUAAUAUCAGGAGCAGGGUCAUAAUAUUUGCCAAUUGUUUGUUUUACCGAUUAGCUUCUUGCCUUUUUCUUUCCCCCGUUGACUUUGCUAGUAAACAAAUAAGAAAUGUCCCACUUUCUGCCCCCUGGCUGCAUGCGCAUACCUGCGAUGACGUUGCACAGAAACCCAUCUAUAGUUUUGUGUGAUUCCCAAAGUCUUUUUGUGUUUUCAGCAUUUUUUUUUUUGUUUGCCUUGCGCAUACUUUCUAUACUCUUCUUGACAUCGAAUAAAUAGCAUCUUUAGCUAACAAUAACAGAAAGCACACAGUCAAAAUUCAACAUUUCCUUGCACUCAGUUUAAUAUCGAAUCACUUAUUAAGCAAUGCAGUAAUUUGAUACGUCAUACACCAUAAUGGAUCUGUUAUUGCCAAUGAAUGUGGUCCACAUUUUUAUCACUCAUCUUUUUCAUCAUCUUCUUGGUUGUUGUGUGUCCAUUCAGCAGAUAAAUACAACCCAGUGAGUCUGGCUCUGCUUCAAAGUUUCAGCCUGAUACUGAGUGUUUGCUCCAAUAAGAACAAAGUUGUGUCUCUGUGAAUUAAGACUACAACGAGCGCUGUCUAGACUUUCUCUGUAUGCAGAGUGUUUUAGGGUCACUCUCUCUGAGAUUAAGUUUAAUCUUAAGAAUAUCUGAUUAAAUAAAGGACAUUUGAUCCCUAAACUUGGGUUGGUAACUAGUGAUGACAUGCAGGAAAGAUAAGUGGAAGUUACUUGUUCAGCCUCGGGGUUGGGCUCCUAAUGAUAUUACAGGUAGGAACAGAAAGUAACAAGGCAGACAACUAUAAAAAAAAAUGGACUGACUCUUCAUGAAGUGAAACUUUUCACAGGUCAUCAUGAAAGUUGUUGAGAUAUUUCCUCAGAACUGUAAGUAAAAAGUCAAUUUUGAGGCAGAAUUGAAGGUCCAGAUAACAACUUUAGACAGAUGUGUUCAUUAUCUGGAGACUGUGACUUUUUCCCUCUUUAUUGCACGGUUUUAGUUUAACACUGUCGUUCAUACCCGCAGAGCAGUGUGCUGCCAGCUGACUUAACAAAGUUGUGGGUAGUAAAUAUAGUUUAAAAAGACUUCAUUUGUAUUUCAGAGUCAGUUUCCAGAGGAAUAUAUCAACACAGACGAUGGAAAGAUGGUGAAAAUAAUGUUGAAUUGUUCCUGAAUUAGCUGAAGUAUGUAAGAGGAGGGGUUGAAGCGAGUUAAAGAGAGUGAUUGUGUGCGAGGGAUGGUCGUUGACUCAGCUGCAGAUGACAGCUCAUGUCUGUACCCUCUGUCUGUUUGUCUGUAUGCUUCUCUGUGUUUGAUAUUUGCAGUCUUAUACUCCAGUUUAAAUAUCAGUCCAUCAGUUCUUUGAAUAACACCCUCAGCCCUGCUGUCACGUGUCUCUCCCGCCUCUCAUUAACUUGCAAAAUGGUCUGAUUUGCAUUGUGUCACGGCUACAGAGAUCAUCUCUGCAUUCACUCUGCUCCACCACACAAACACAAACACACCGUCGCAUCAGAGAUGGAUUCAGUCACAGCGUAAUGAGAAGAUUAAGAAAGCUGAGGCCAGAAAAUGAAUCACCGACAGCACAUGUCAUUUGUGUUAAGUAAGAGGAACCAUAUGGUGGUCCACGCUGAGGGGAGAAAUGUUUCUCAUUUUCAGGAGCGAGUCCAGCAUUUGGAGAAGCAGCUGAAGGAGAUGGAGAGGCAGAAGGAGAAGGAGCUGAACGCCCUGAGGAAGGAGAAGAGAGAACUCGUCCACACGACUCAGGCGGUAAGAAGGAUUUAUGGCACUGUGAUUUUUUUCUCGCUAUCAGCUUGACUUCUUAACUUUCUUUAAAAUACUGUACUCUAGUGGCUCAUUAUAUAGUGUGUCUUUGUAACCUGCUGUUUACAACAUCUGAAAAUUUGGGUCAUAUUUUCAGUAUGAGUGGGAAUAAUGUCUUUAGAGGUAACAAGUAGCCCCAGGACUACUUGAUUACCUGAUCAUUACGUUUCCACUUUGUCCUUUAACAUGAGUAUUAUAGCUCCGUCCGUCUUCUUUAAAGGGACUUGGUUGCCCAUCGUUAUGUGAACAUAAUAUCAACACCACAUUUUUAAACAUCUGUAACUAUAUGGUCAUGCUUUAAUGGUCUGUAACUUAAUUUUAUGGUUUAAUUCCCAUCAGGCUUGUUUUGAGCCGCAGCAGCAGCUGAUUAUAGCCUCAGCCAAGUGAAAAACAAGGUAGAAAACAGAGUCGAGCAUUUAGCAGAUUUAAGACUUGACAUUCAUUUCAUAGUUGGAGAAAGCCAGAAACGGAGCUAGAUGGGAGGAAAUCUUAAAGUUGCAUUCAGAAAGUGGCCUGAAACAGAACAAGAGGCGAAUUAUCACGUUAGACUUGUUGUGCUUAUGGCAGAAAAACAGUAAAUUACUGUAACCCCAGUAGUUGGCAUGAAAUAACUUGUAAGUUAGACAAAUUAUGAAGAUUUCGGUUUUUAAGUAAGAAAUGCUGGUUGUAGUUAUAACUAUCUAUGGUGCCCUACUAACCUGAUGUACCCUGAUGGCACAAUUUGACAGGAAUUUUACUUAAAAAAUGGAGAUAAAGUUGUAUGUAGGCUUUCUGAAUAGACUGGCAUAUGACCGCUCAACUGAAGCAACGUGUAACCAGGACAGACGUGUUGGAUAUCAACCUGCAAGAGGAACCUUGUGGUGGAAAACUCUCAGCAAAUUUUGCUUAAUAUAUAAUAAUAUUUAAAUUUUGCUUAAUUUCAACUGUUUUCCACGUGUUUAUUUAACCUUUAGCCUUAUUGGUUCACCUGAAUUUAAGUCUAUCUGAACAAACAGGAAAUUAGUUGCUAUGGAAAAUCGUCAGUUGUGCUGCCCCCAUGUGGUAAACAGAGAAGUGAAUCCAGGUCUUGCGAGCUAGCUAAAUAAGCAAGAGCUGGCAAGCCAAUUUAUAGAAAAGCAUCACAAUAUUGUUUGCAGGAGGCGUAUGUAUACCUGUGUGCUUUGUUCCCAUUUUAUAGUGUUUUUCCAACUGUCUUGGGGGAACUUAAGAGUUUUUAUGCCUCCAUAGCAAUGCCUUAUGAAAAAGUAGCGUACCUUAAGCGAAAAUUGCAGAAAAAAUACAACUCACAAAUAGUGGAUAAAGAAGGUGAAUUUAAAGCUCCUGUGAGAAGUUUUUUGGCACCUUUGAAAUACACUGAAAUUCAUAGUGAUACCUUUCUACAAUCUCCAGAAGCAAAAAAGACCAUCUGCGUUAUGAUUGAGGAUUUUCAUUUUCUAAUUUUUAAUGCCUGAAACUGUUGCGAGGGGUUAGAUGUCAGCCACUCAGCUGAGGAAACAGCCUUGUAUUCAUACAUAAGGUAUCCACAGUAAAUGGUACAUUUGACUGUCAGAGGUCAGCAGGAUUAUGUUUUUGUAAGAAGCAUACAGAGGAGAAGAUAAACAAAGACUGCUUUGUCUUCAGGAGGAGCCAAAAUUGACACAAGGGGAAAGUUCCUUAUAGUAGCUUUAAAAUGCCACAGGAUUACUGGAAAAGCUGCCAAUAAUAUCAAGCAAGAAAUUGAUACUAAACCUGAACAGAUUCACUGAAUAGUGAUCAGAAAGUUGUUUCAUUUGGUCUCUGAUCGAUUUUCCAAAAAAUAUUGCCUCAUUUUUGGUUUAUAUUUUUGAGGCCAGCAUGAAUCUUUGUGUGUUAUCAGAGUUUAUUAUGAAUACUUAUCUCCCAGAGUGUGUGAUUUACUCACUCAGGAGUUUGCCUUUUGAUCAGACUGAUGACAGCACCGGUUAAACUCAGGAGGAGACGAGAUGUGGACGAAGAGUAAGCAAAUCCAACGUGGAGAGAGAGAUAGAGAGAGAGAGCUGAACUCAUGCUGGAGGGAGGGGAAAGAUAGAGGGAGGAGUAAGCAACGCAAGGGAGGGUGCUCGACCGUGAAUGUGUGUGUACAUGUGAGUGUGUGUGGAUGAGUGAGAGGGAGAGGAGGAAAGCCGGGAGAAGUUCCACAUCAUUACAACAAGCGGUAAGUUCGAGAAAUUGGCAGAAAUCGAUCUGCGCGGCUGACAGCCGUUAAAACUGCGCGUUUCAGAGACAUGUCUUCAUGUUUAGAUCACGGGCUCCUCUAAAUGAGAGAGCAGGAACAGCUGGAGGGAGGGCAGAAGGGAGUGGCGGCACAGAGGAGGAGAGACGGACCAGCCAGUUCAGACAGCAUGACCAGUAUGAUCGCAUGAGGGGUGUACUUUAAUUCUGACAGAUAUUUAGUAAGCGCUGGACGUCAGUGAUGUUAGUAAUAGAGGGAAAACCGACCCACCCUGCUGGCAGCUCAUGUGAAACUAUUCUGAUUACACCAAGCUUAAACAUAAGAGGCCUCUAUAAUCGAUUUUACUCUUGGAAAUUUAGCAAAAAGAGCAGAAAACACUCACGGGUCGGCCACUGUUGUCUGGCUCGUCACUCUUCACACAUGCCCUGUCAGCAUGUGUUUGUGUGGGGCACUGGAGGGACAGAUAAGGGUUAAACUGCAGACGGCAUGCAGCGUCUGAAUUGCUCAUGUGUUUGUGAGUCAAGCAGGGAGGGAGGAUACGAGGGAAAGAUAGUGGGGGAAUGAUAAUUUUUUAACUCAUUAGGAUCCCUCCUCACAGCGGCAGAUUUCAUUCUCAGCUGGAUGUGAUAUGUUGAACGCAGCAGUCAUCAUCAAUCACGGGAUCUGUCACCUCCCCUGCUGCUCUGUUUCUCUGAAUCUAUUAAACUUAGUACACUUAUCUAAAAGUUUGUGUCUUACAGCCAGUUGUCAUCAGAUAUAUGUUCCUUGAUUUCAAAUGAAAACCCUCUGUGGUUCGACAGGUUCUCAAGGAGAAGAAGCCACUCACUGAUUGGUCGAACGUCACUGGCUCAGCCCCCUGCAUGAUGUCACUUUCACCUCUGACCGUUCACAAGCCUCCUCAGGUAAGCAACAGAUGCAGAUACAGAAUUUGAUCACUUGGUUUAUGAAAAGGCUUUUCUUUGUUUUCUAGAGAUAGCUGCAAAAACUUUGACCAAUGCUUCAAAUUUAAAGACGCUCAUAAAACCAGAAAAAAACUUAAUAUUUUGGCCAGAAAUAAAUCUUUUGUGUCACCAACCUUUUCUCCAUUUUUGCUUCUGUUUUUUUCUCUUUUCUUGCUUUUAAAACUAUAAACAAACAACAUCAAACUAUCUAAUUUCCUUUUCCACACAAGAGUGAUUAUAGUUUGUCCCAAGGAGCCUGUGAUUACAGCCGUAGCCAUAGCAACCAUGUGUUCUUCACGACAACAGACCAGUAUCGAGAAAUAACAGAUGGUUGCUAUGCAGUAUUAAACAUGAAUCAAAAUUUUUAACCUUUUAUUCUUUAAUCUUUUUUUUAGUCUUCCUUAAAUAUCUAAUGUAUGACCCCGUUUUAGCUCAAUUAAAACAUGUUUGUCCACAACGUCUUUUGUUUUGUAGGAACCGUACAAAGAAUCGGCCAGUUUACCCAGAAGACGCAGCUCAAAUCGAACCCGACCAAACGACCGGCCGCUCUCAGCGCAGGGUGAGCAUUCACUAAACCUCAUUCUCUGUUCCCUAAUGUGCUUUUGUUUGUAAAAACUGAGAGCACCAUGAUAUCGAACAAUGAACCUGCUCUCUUUGAGCGCAUGUCCUCGUUUUGUCGGACUGUUUGCUCAGUUCCCUCCCUUUUUAGUCAAAUUAAAGGUGUGUCAGAGGAAAGAGGCAGGUUGUUAUUGUGUUGGUGGAAAGCAGGAUUUACCUGUAUGGACCGGAUGAGCCAGAGGAGCACACAUUUACUGACGUUUAAAGCCGCUUCAGCAGUAUCGGUUUUUCACACACACCUUUCUGACGUUAAUUCUGUAAGACGCCUGAUCUACUAGGUCAAGUCAAGUCUUGUUGUGUAUGUGUCCUACUUUCUUUUCCCUUUUUUUAAUAUUAAGACUGAAAACUCUUAAUGUUUUUCACUGCCAGCAUUGUACAAAAAGUCACAGCACAUUUUUCAUGAAGCUCUGAAGUUUUUAUGUCUUUCUCUGUUACCUUCCUCUCUCAGGGUUGGUGAGGGCGCUACCAGACAGCUCCGGGGCCUUCACAUCCCCCCUCCCCUCCCACAGGCUCAGUAACGGGCACAAUAGCGUGCACAGACCUGUGACCAGCAACGGUGGCGGGCUCAUCACUCCCUGUAACAGUACGACGAGCUCUCGAGCUGCCAGGUCAGUGAGUACACCGCUGGUUUGAUGAGAUAUUUUUUAGCACACUGAAAACCUCCUCAUCUGCAGCUCUGACAAAGUUUAAGGAGAAAAACAAAACAAAAACAAAAACACAGUUUUAUCCCUUUGUAUGAGACUGGCCAGGCUGCAGGAAUAACAGAACUUACAAUAAACCAUAAAGACAUUUUAAAUCUUUUAGCUGAUGGUCUGUUUUGGGAUUUCGUCAGCUGUAAACAAGUAACAGUAUUUACUUGUUUACAGCUGACAUUUUUUUUCUGGAAGUCCCUUAGCUCCAUCAUGCUGUAGGUUCCUCUCCAUCACUCCUGCAGAUUUUUUGCUGCGGUAAACCUUCCUGCUUUACAUCUACUUAAACUACUUGCAUCUGUCUCACCUCUGUCCAUCGCUCUCUUUCUGCAUCUCCUUCUAUCCCCUCUCUAAACCCAAUACAGUCUCAGCAGAUGACUGUCCAACAUGAGUCUGGUUCUGCUCGAGGUUUCUGCCAGUUAAAGGAAGUUCUUCCUGUCCACUGUUGCUAAAUGCUGCAAGUGCUAUAAAUGAGGUGGGAGGAGGUCUUAUAAGAUGAGGCUCAGUCCAUAUUUACAUUGGGCCUGAUUAAUGCUAAAAAAAAAAAAAUUAUAAUUGUGCUUAUUUAAAGGGAUAUUCUGGCAUAAAAUUAAGUUAGGGUCAAACACACCAUAACACCGAGUUAAACACCCCCCUCGAGAGAUGAAUGUUGCUGACCGCUUGCUUCUCUAGUUAUACAAACUUUAGUAAUGAUCGCAUGAUAGCAAUACACAGCGGUUUGAGGAGCCAUAAACAAACCUCAACCAAAACGUCACUCUAUAGCCAAAUAAAGCUCAGAACAGCACCUAACUUCAUCAACAGUACAUAUAGGGUCCCAGCCAUAGAACUAGACAACAAACAUCUUUUUAACUUUGACUAAUUUCUUUAGCAAAGAGACUAAACACAACUCACCUACUCUCUUCCAGCAGCCGCUUGUUUGUAGCGAGACCUCAGGCCAGUCCAUUACGGACUGUAGUGGGGUGACACAGCUCAAGGAAGAACAUUUAUGAUCAUUUCUUCAUGGAAAUACAAUCAGACCAAGACGUUAAGGCAGAAGAUCUACUAAGAUCUACAAAGAUCUAAGGUCUGCAGUGCAAAAUGACUAAUAUGGUGACUAUUACCUCAAGGAAAUGAUAAAGUAAUGAUCAUAAACGUUCUUCCUUUUUCUUCCCUUUAAGUAUAGAUAUUAUAUGAUCAUAUGUAGAGGUAGCGCUGAGUACACUUAAGAUAUGCAGGUGCAUGUUCAGCACAAUGAGAGAGGAUUACUUUGCUUGUUCUGUGUAUUUAGCCUCACAGUGUCCUGCGUUGUUGUCAACAUGGGUUGAAUUUUAUCAGCUUUUAAUGAUCUUAGACUCUUGUUUUGGUCUCUUUAGACUAACUAGUAUCCUUCUCUCCUGCAGCCCGUCUCUGUUGGACCUCGUGGAGAUCGAGAAGAAGCUCAGGGAAGCCAAAGCAGAGCGAGAGAGGCUGCUCAGAGAGCGGGUGAGUCACCUGCUGUGGGAAAAACACUCAUGACACCUCUAAUCACCCCUGACACUCGGCAUUAGACACGGCUGUCCGCUCGCUGACACCCACCCGUCUCACACAUGACGGCACCAAGAAAACAGCCACCAGAUGUGUGGAUGUUUGUGAUGCAUUUUUGACGCACUUGCAAAUACCAAGACAGAGAAAUGUGUCGCCGUUUCAGUGUUAAAAGAGAGAAGAGAAUUGUCGCCUAUUGUUGUCAGUCCUUGAUUUAAAUAUUUAUUUAAGAUUCAGUGUUAAGAUGAUGAUAACCUGAUAUUCAGUUUCUUUUUUGGGCACAAAUAUGUAGGAAUCCCUCAGCAGUACAUUUCUUUUUGGGAUGUAGGAUAACUGACUUUUGGUACCCUGACACAGCUGAUGGUGUUUUUUGGCUUUUCACUGAUUCAUUUGUGUCCCCAGGAAGAGCGACGGCGGUUGUUAUUGGAAGAGAGGCGGCAGAGGGAACUAAAUUCUCCGAAGACAGAACCAGCAGAGACAGAGACAGAGACAGAGACCCCACGAAGUCCAGCGCCAGAGCCAAGGGAGGAACCAAAGGCCAGCUCUCCCCUAAAGUCACCAGAGGUAUAUCAGAAAUGACAAAAUCAAGCUGUGUUUAAAGACCUGAAAAUCUGCUCUCAACUUGAACAGAUUUACUGUUAAUAUUGUUGAUAUUUUGUAGUUUGCUCCUUCCCUGUUCUGUGUUUUGUUUUGUUUUAAAUCCAGCACCACAAUCUAACAUAUUUAUCAGCUAAUAUAGCCUAAAACAUCUGAUAAAUCAUAGCCCCCUAACUCUGAACUCCUAAUAAAAAAAAGCUUUUUCAGCCAAAUGCACCUGGAAAUAAUCAGUCUUAUUGACUUCUAAAUCACUCCUCUUUCAAAUCUCAGUUUUUCUCUUUCUUUAUAUUCAUGAAAGAAUCCAAAACUUUCAAAAACAAGUGACCAUAAUUAAAGGAGAUGAGUGUUUCUGUUUUUUUUUCUGUUUCCAGGGAAAAUUAAAGGUCUCCUUUCACCCAAACUCUGUUUAUCUCUUCAGCAGCACAGCCUGCCUCUCUUCCUCUCUCCCAACUUUGACCUGCGGGCGCACCUGGAGUCUCUGGGUCACGGCGUUGCCGGCUGCACAGAUCUGCGGUUGACUUCCAGACGCUGUGCGGGCUUCCUGACCAAACGAGGGGGGAGGGUAAAGACCUGGAAGAAAAGAUGGUUCCUGUUUGACAUGGACCAUCGACGACUAGCUUACUAUACAGGUUAGACUGGCUGGGAGAGGGGGAGUGUGUGUGCAAAUACUGAGUGUGUGUUUGCAUAUAUGAAAGCCCUGUGUGUGUCAUCAUAAGUUUCUGGGAGAAGUCAAAGUAAAAUGCAUCAAUUUUAUUAUUUUCUGGCUGUUGUCCUUCAUUUAAUUUAUGUUUAAUUGUGUUUUUUUACUCCCUUUCUUUCAGAGUGUGAUGAGCGGAAGCUAAAGGGAGUCAUUUAUUUCCAGGCUAUAGAGGAAGUUUACUAUGACCAUCUACGAACGGCUACUUCUGUAAGUCUCCUAAUAAAUCACAGGAUAAAGGGUUUAAUGCAGCAGCAGGUUAUUGUUGGUAUCCAUCAUGCAUGCUAAAACUGAGGAGAGAUGAAGAGGUGGAUGCCGGGAGAGUGAUAGGGCUUAAUACUCGAGCAGAGGCAAUGAGUGGAAACCUUGCAGCUGAAAUAGACCGUCAAAUUGGGAGGGUGUGUUUGUCAGGUGAUAGUGAGAAUGAUGCAUGGCAACUGCAAAAUCAGUGCAGCUGGAGUCUCUCGCUUUAACUAGUUAGCAGGCGUCGUUUCAUACGUUGAUUGAUUAAAGCUGGACAUUUAAUUCACAGGUGGGAAAUUUUUAAAAUGCAUAUACACUGAAUUUGAGGACAAGAAUGCAUAACCAUCAAUGCAUAACCUCCUUUAAAGUUUUCAACUGAGGGGGCGUUACCUUUAAAUGUCAUAUAAUUUGUGAAAUUAUUCCUUUUCUUUGGGUUUAUUCUUGUUUAUUCACAUGACAAAGAGAUUAGAUCCACGAUCGGAGGUCAGUCUCUUUCCAAACGGGUCAGUGGACAGAUUAUAGACCUGGCAGAUACGUGUGGGAUUAAAGACACAGGCGAUCUCUGUAAUUAUUGAAUUAGAAAUCAAAGGCAGGUGUCCAGUUACACAAGAUAUGCUGAGUGGAGGUUGACUGGUCGCAGGUGUUGAAUAACGUGUCAUAUGACUCUAAAGGUUCACCGUUACAUUACAAUUAUAUCCUCAUAAAAACCCCGUCAGUACUUUCACCAAAAGGGAGCUUUAAAAAUCAAACACUGUGCUCUUUUACCACUUUUUUAUAAUGUUACAUAUACUUCUCUGAGCCGCAUCUUUUAUUUAAAGCUCCUGUGAGGAGUUUUUUAACCUUUAUGAAAAACACAGAAAUUCACUUUGUUUCCUUUUAACGAUCUACAAAUGCAAAAAAGACAAUUAGCGUCAAGACGAACCACUUUUAUAUUGUAAUUUCUGAUACCAGAGUCAGUGUAUCAGGGUAAGUGAUAACUGAGCAGCUGAAGAAACAGACAUUUGCAGGACGAAAUUUUUACGUCUAAAAACAACUUCAGCAUGUAAAGAACAAGAUUAACAAAGACAGCUUUGUUCACAGGGGAACCAAAUUUGAUGCAAACCCAAAAGUAUCACAGUAGCUUUAAGAAGAGGGUUUUUUUCUCAGUAGGAUAUAGAAACUUUCAACUUUAUUUUAGUUUUAUGGCACUUUUCAGACAAAAAAAAGGAGCUCAAAGUGCCUCACAGAGGCUAAAAACAACAAUUAACAACAACCUCCCACCCACACACCCACCCAUGGACCUACAGACACACAAAGACACACACCCACCCUCACUCACCCACACAUACACACACACAAGCGCACACAGUGUGAGAAUUUAAGAUAUAUUGUUAAAGAGACCUGACACCGUGACAUUACGUGAGGAAAGAGCUACCUUUUGGAAAACACUGAAGAUAAAGAUAAAAAAUUGUAAAAAGAAAAAGUAAAACAAGAAAAUAAUAUUGAAUGAACAGAUAAGUAAGAGCUCUUUACCAUGUAAAGGGGUAAAAGAAGUAAAAACCUCUAAGACGAGAAUUAAGAAAAAGACUAAGAGCAGAGAUAAUUAAUAAAAUGACAUUAAAUAAACAUUAAGAACUUUGAUUAAAAUGAACAUUUGCAAUUAGAGAAUUAUAUAAAGGCAAUUAGUGAAAAGGCUGGUCAAAAAGGUGAGUCUUGAGCCUCUUCUUAAAAACAUCAACAAGUUACACGUUAAAGUAAACAACUGUAUUUUCAAAAACUUGAAAACCUUGUGGAAUAUAAUACAAGAUGCAGUGUGUAGUAUUUAGCACUAUUUAUAUGAUAUAUAAAAUAAUAAUAAUAAUAAUUAUUAUAAUAAUAAUAAAUUUUAUUUAUAACGCACUUUUGCAGGUGUUAAAAAACACCUUACAAAGAAAAAGAAGAAAUAUAUUCAUAAUAAUAUUCAUAAGUCUGUGUAACUUCAUGAAGAUGUAAACCUCUCUACCUUUAUUCGUCACCACAACUUCACAUAUUUCUCCUCUUUUUCAGUCUCCUCGACCCAGUCUGACGUUCUGCGUAAAGACAUACGACCGUCUUUUCUUCCUGGUGGCUUCUAACGCAGUGUCCAUGCGCAUCUGGAUGGAUGUAAUCGUCACGGCAACAGAUGAGCACAGCCGAUAUUGACAUCUGGCUUAUGUGACUUUUAAAAAACCUUGAAGGGGAGCUACUUAGACAUGCAGUCAUUUUUUGGUCCCUGUGUGAGGGGGGCUGGUGUGACUGAGAAUUACAUCAGGGGUGGAUUCUGCACCCGGACUCAGGAAUCUGUGGAUACGAGAAGCACUGAGGUGCAGGGGUUUGAGGGGCUCAAACCUGUGGAGGACACUGUUACUGAAGAAGUGAUGCCUUUGUGGUGACAGGUGCUCACCUUUAUCAGAACACUUCGAGGCUUUAUUCACUCUUUGAGUCUGAUCUCCCCCUGCUGGUCACUGUCCGCCAUUACAGCAUUUAAUGCCAUUACAUGAUGUAAAGCCGGACGGCUGUGGAUUUCACUACAGCUCACUGUGCAGGGAUUAAAGUUCGUCAAUUUGAUAAUUGGAUUGAUGUUUUGAUCAGUGUCUAUCCGACGGGACAAAAUAAAUCAAGGGGAGCAGAGUUUUAUAACGUUACCUACAAAUCGCCGUUUUAACCGUGAGGCAGGUCCAGGUCUUUCACGUGAAUCGUGUAGUAUAGCUGUAGUAUUCAAUUUCUGCUGAUGUCCAUGUGCCAAUCAGAUCUUUCAUCUCAUCUGCAACGUGACGUCCCCUGGAAGACACCGUCUGCCCUCGGUAAAUAGUAAGCUUCAUUUUCGUAGCAAACAUUAAAUGUCUGCUCUGCUGGCUGGAUGGAUGUUUUAGAACCUACAGCACAGAUCUGCUUCAUGUGCACUCCGUGUAAAGUGAGUGAUUGUCGCUAACUUGAUGAUGGAGUUUACCGGUAGACCCGUUUAAGUAGCUAAAUAUCGACUUCUGUAAACACCGAGUCGUUUAUUUACACGUAACACGUUACAGGAGUUACAACAGAGUGACGAUUGAACAGCGCGAGACAGGUCGAAGUAACGUUUAAAAAGAGCCGUUAAAAACCACCGUACUCACGUUAAUGUAUGUUGAACUAGCAAUAGCUUACUUUUUGGCGUGUUUUCAACUCUGUGGUGUAGGGUAACUAAGCAUAUUAAGUCAAGUACUGUACUUAAGUACGAUUACAGGUACUUGUACUUGGAAAUUUCUAUUUCCUGCUUCUCCUGGAAACAGUAUUUUUUUAUAGCUGCAGUUACCUUAUGAUUCAUGGUGGGAAAAAAAUUUAAAAAAGCUAAAAAUAUUUUAUUAUAUUUAAUAUGACAGUUAUAAAACAGAGUAUUAGGGCCACAUUAAGAAAAAAAAAUAUGACUUCGAGAAAAUUAACACUUGGAGAUUAAAGUCAUUAAUUUACGAGAACAAGUUAUUACCAACGACAAUGAAGUCGUACUAAAAUCCAUACUUACGAGAAUAAACUCAUAAUAAAGUAGUUACUUACGAGAAUAAAGUCGUAAUUAAGUAAUUCGUGAGUAAUUACUUAGGAGAAUAAAGUUGUAAAAAAGUAAUUACUUGCAAUAAUAAAGUCGUAGUAAAGUCAUCCCUUACGAGAAUAAAGUUGUGAUAAACUACGACUACUACUAUACUUAUGAUAAUGUGGUGCUGAUGUGCCAAAAGAUUAAGUAUCUCUUUGUUUGAGAAACAUAUUGAAUUACAUUUUCACAAAAUGCUCCAUUGCUCUAAUUUCAACAACUGUCAUCUUUAACAACAUUCUGACUUCACUCCCGUAAGUGAUUACUUUACUAAGAUUUUUUUGACGUAAUUACUUUAUUACAACUUUAUUCUCAUUAGUAAUGACUUUAUUACGACUAUGUUCUCAUAAUUACUUUAUUACGACUUUAUUUUCACAAGAAAUGAUUUUAUUACAGCUAUUCUCGAAAGUGAUUACUUAAUUACGACUUGAUUCUCAUAAGUAAUGAUUUUAUCACGACUUGAUUCUCGUAAGUAAUUACUCUUUUAAUGACUUUAUUCUCGUAAAUUAAUGACUUUCAUCUCAAAGUCUUAAUUUUUUUUAUUUAUGUGGCCCUAAUACUGUAUCGUAAAAACUCUGUCGUACAGUAAAGUUCUGUAAUAAAUUGAUCUGAUUGGACAAGAGGCGUUCCGUUAUUAUCGAUAUUCUAACAGCAGCUGGUUCUUUAACCAUAUAUUUCACACCGCCUCAGCAGUCUUUAUCUGAGUUAAUGAAGCUUUUAUCUCAUAAUGAGAAUACAAUCAAAACUCCAUUACUCUGAUUUCAUAAUAAACAUCUACACAGAAUUCAAGGCAGCUGGUCUGCUGUAACCUGCAGACAUACAUGUCAUUGUUUUCUUAAAUUACUCAAAUAUGCACAGAGCUGUUGUAUAAAAGUAACAUCACAUGAUAGGGGGGGUGCCAAUAUACUGAAUAUCAGUGUAGUUGAGUGAAAUAAUCCAGUGCUGAUAUUCAGUACAACAGAACUCCCUCUUGUUUGAUAUUGCGUAACAUACAAAGGCGUCAUGUGUUGUGGAGAAAAUUCACAAAGCACUUGGUUCCUUGUGAAGUUCUGGAUUAAUAUAGAUAUGUUAAAUUAAGCUCCUGCUCCACCAGCUGCAACAUUAAAGUAAAAAGGCAUCAAUAAUUACAAAUUAACAAUAAUGUUUGCUGAUGACACCAUUUGAAAAGUGAUUUUUCUUUUGGUUUAUGAAAGUAUUGUUUAAUGGUACAUCUUUUGUUAUUGAAAAAAGCUCUUAUUUUAGUAUUAAUCACUCGUCUAAAAGUGCCCUAAACUCCCCCUAACAACUUUUGUCAUCACUGUCCUUUUCCACCACAGAUUGUUGAAAUCGGCCACAAGUAAAGCUCAGUCUGACGCCAUCCUUGUCUCCCCUAAACAGGAAAUGUACUUCAUAACAGGGAAAUUUGAAAUAAGCCUCUUUGUCAAAAAAAGCUAAAAAAAUGGCUUUAAUCUCUGCACACUGCAAUGGGGUAUACAUACAGUAACAACAACAACAACAACCGUAUAAUGCAAUCAAAUAUAACAGUCAGCAUCUGAUAAUCUGGUGUUAAUCGUCAGACAGAUCUGAGUUUGUGCUGCGGUAAGUUCUUGUGUUUGAUUGCUUUAUACACUUCCACUUCCUUGUCCACAUCCUGUAUCUUUGUUCUGAUGACUUUACUAUUCAUGAAUUAAGUUAUUAUUUGAAAUUUAUAUGGGUUUGAUAUGCAAAUAAAUGAAGGCAUAUACUGUAUUAAAUGCACUAUUAAAUUUUUAUUGAUAAAAGUUUGUUAAGUUUUCUCUCUUUUUUACGACUGGUUUCAUAUGGAACCUCAAGAAAGCAAUAGCAAAAUCAAAGGGCUGGUAAUUUUAUAUUAUUUAUGCUAUUUUGAUUAAUAUCUGGGUUCAUUUUCACCUGCUCAAUUAGUAUAUUAAUGUUUUUUUAACAGAACAACCUAUUACAGAAGAUGUUGCAGAUGUUUUUCAACCAUAAAAUUCUUCCUGUUGUUCAUCUGGGUCAAUAUGCUUCAAUUUUAACAAUGUCUAAACAGCACUAACCAUCAGUCCACUGUCUGGACUUUUUCACUUUUUAAGGGUUUUAUUUCAUACACAAAGAAAUACAGUCAAAGAUAAAACUUUUGCACAUUUUUAAGCACCACUCAUGGAGCCAGGAAGUUAUUCUCAGGCUCUUUUUUUGAGUCACUUACCCAAAC